CUUCAUCCCUUUGAGCAUGUUUUAUUUUCAAAGCAACAAGACAUCAUGGGAGAUCUUUUUUCUUUAUUUUGGGAGGUGGACCCUCCCCCCAUACCUAUAAGUUUUACUAUUCCAAAUCAGGAUUAUGAAUGCCGGAAGGAUGACUCUUGUGGGGCAAUAGGGAACUUCCUGCUUUGGUAUUUUGUCAUUAUAUUGGUCCUGAUGUUCUUCUCUCGGGCUUCUCUCUGGAUGUCUGAGAAGAAAAAGGAUGAAGACAAUGGGACAAGCACUUCACUAGGUAAAGCAAGCAGAGAUACUUCCUACAAGCGGCAAAGCAAAGAUGGUGCCUGGGAUUCUUUGCAAAUGAUGAAAAAACCAAAGCAGAGCCAACUCACCGCUGUAACUGACUCAGAAGUGGCCUUGGUCAAUGCCUAUCUUGAACAAAGACGAGCCAGGCGCCAUUCUGAAUUCGGCCAGGUGAAUCAGACCCAGCACGACAGUGAUACUACUGAGUGUGACAGUGAAGAAUCUAACUCAGGAGCCUCCUCAUGGAAAGAGAGUGAAAGUGAACAUCACCCAUCUCCAGCCAGUAUUAAAAAGAGAAAAAUAGCUCAGAGGCAAAGGAAUAUGGGAGGUUACCAAGUCAGAGAAAGGCCCUGCCUUCACUGCAAAGCCAUGAGAACCAAUGAAUGGUUGACCCGCCAUUUCCUUCAAAACAGUUCAGUAACAAUCCCAAUGAAGGGAGAUAUACAAGAGGAAAAUUCCGGACCUGAUAUUAACACAAAGUUCAGUAAAUUUUGAAUUUUAUCAAGUCCUUACCCUACUGGAAGCCAAAUGAAAGAGAUGAAUAAAACAUGAAAAAUCGCCAGAGUUCUAGGUGAGGAGACUUUUACAAUAACGUCUCUCCACUAACAAUGAGGACAUACUUGGAAUCCAAGAGGUAAAAUUUCAGAUAAUUCUUUGUCCAAAAAAAAGACUGGUGAAUUUGUUUAUGGCACCAUUGGAACAUCAAAGAUCUGCAUCCACUAUGAUUUUUUAUUCAAAAGAGCACAAGUCAAAUAUUUUAUGCCUUGAGCAUAUGUAUUUUGUUUGUCUGUAAUACAAAUAAGGAAGCUCUUUGAAAAUAUAUUUAUGUUUAGAAA